AUGAAUAUCGUGGAAUGGGCUUUCGGAAAGCGCAUGACGCCUGCAGAGCGUCUGCGCAAACACCAGCGUGCUCUGGAACGGACACAACGAGAGCUUGACCGAGAACGAAUCAAACUGGAAAACCAAGAGAAGAAGCUAGUUCAAGAUAUCAAGAAGAGCGCCAAGAACGGGCAGAUCGGCGCGUGCAAGAUCCAGGCAAAGGACCUCGUGAGGACAAGAAAAUAUAUCCAGAAAUUCUACUCAAUGCGGACGCAGUUACAAGCUAUCUCACUUAGGAUUCAGACCGUCCGAAGCAAUGAGCAAAUGAUGCAGUCAAUGAAAGGCGCUACCAUGCUUCUGGGAAGCAUGAACCGACAGAUGAACCUCCCCGCCCUACAACGGAUAGUCAUGGAGUUUGAGCGCGAAAACGAAAUCAUGGACGAACGCCAGGAGAUGAUGGACGAUGCGAUCGACGAGGCGACCGGCUUGGAAGAUGAGGAAGAGAGUGAGGAUAUUGUCAAGGAGGUUCUUGACGAGAUUGGAGUGGAUCUUGGACAAGCGUUUGGGGAGACCCCAGAAGGAAUUGCUAAAGAAGGAGCAGGCGAGACUAGAGUAGCCCAGGCAAUUGGUGGCCCUAGCGAUGAUGACGACCUGCAAGCGCGUUUGGACAGCCUUCGGAGAUAG